GUCGGCUGAGACUACAACGUACUUAAGUGGGUUUGAGAUCUCAGGAAAGAUGCAGUUUUGCUGUGAAUCUGUAAAUGGCUCCUGCAUAAAAAGCAACUGGUCAAGCAAUAUCCGUAUGUCCAUGUAUAUCUUAAUGGUGUGCAUCAUCCUGGCCACGUUGGCUGGAAAUCUGACGGUUAUCGUCUCAAUAGCGCACUUCAAGCAGCUCCAUACGCCUACAAAUUUCUUGAUCCUUUCCAUGUCCACUGUUGACUUUUUGUUGGGGUGCUUCAUCAUGCCUUACAGCAUGGUGAGGUCUGUGGAGAACUGCUGGUACUUUGGAGAACUCUUCUGCAAAAUCCAUACUAGCAUAGACAUUAUGCUCAGCACAGCCUCCAUUUUCCAUCUUUCCUUCAUUUCUAUUGAUCGCUACUGUGCUGUGUGUGACCCACUGAGAUACAAAUCUAAGAUAAAUACUUGCAUCAUAGUGGUCAUGAUCGUCAUAAGUUGGACCGUCCCUGCCAUUUUUGCCUUUGGGAUGAUCUUUCUGGAGCUAAACUUAAAAGGAGCAGAAGAGAUUUUCUAUAAUCAUAUCCACUGUGUUGGCGGCUGCUUUGUCUUCUUUAGCGAAACUUCAGGUGUGGUGUCCUCCAUGAUUUCCUUCUACAUCCCUGCAUUUGUUAUGUUGUGCAUCUAUGGGAAAAUAUAUGCUAUAGCCAAGAGGCAGGCAAGAUCCAUUAAAGAUGCAGCUAGCCAAACACAAAUCAGAUUUGAGAUGAAGCACCACAUUUCACCAAGUAGAGAAAGGAAAGCUGCAAAGACAUUAGGCAUAGUGAUGGGUGUUUUUCUCAUAUGCUGGUCUCCGUUUUUCUUCUGUACUGCCACCGACCCCUUUAUGAAUUACUCAACACCACCUAUUCUUAUUGAUGCAUUGAUGUGGUUUGGUUACCUGAAUUCUACAUUUAACCCCUUAGUGUAUGCAUUUCUUUACAUGUGGUUUCGCAGAGCACUAAAGCUGAUUCUAUUUGGCAAAGUUUUCCAAGAGGACUCUUCCAGGACUCAAUUAUUUUUAGAAUAA